GCCGACUCCUACAUGUCCAUCAUUAGUAGAUACUUUCUACUUCGAGAUGCCCAUGGACUGUUAGAAGUCGUUCUCUGAUGACUUGUCGAUCUGGCAACUAUUAGAGGAGGUUUCAAACGCAGUGCAUCGAGUUCCUUGACGAUGCUGCCUGCGUCGUCAGGCUUCGCGCGAGUCCUGCGCGAGGCUGCGCCGAGCCUGUCGAAGCGCUUCUUUGACUGCAGCCGCAGUGCUAGUAGUACUGGCAGUCGACGCAUCAGUUCUCUAUCAUCGAAGCAGACGAAGCGCGUGGCAUCUGGGACGACGGCACAAGGAUGCACGUCCAACCAGCAGCAUCAUCGGUCUCUUAGCUCGGCAGCCCCGAAGACACAGCAAACGUUGACGGGACGCUCGUUGCAACCGUCGUUAUAUUCCUCGUCAUUAUGUUCUCGGAAUCUUCGAACCGAUGUCACAACAACCAGUCGAUUCGUCCUCGCUCGGACCUUUGUCGCUUCCUCUUCGGCAAGGACAACGAUGCAGACGAAUACAGCGACGGCAAAUGUACAGGAUGCAACUGUGGUGGGAGCAGCAGCAGAAGCAGACAAAAGUGAGAGCAAGAGUGGGAAGAAGAAGUCGUCGUCUUUCCCGGACACCUCGUCAAAUACAGUGGCGUACUGGCUUCUCGCGAGCGCCGCGAGUGUUUUUGGGAUCGUCGUUUUUGGCGGGUUGACGAGGUUGACGGAGUCUGGGCUCAGCAUUACGGAAUGGAAACCAGUCACCGGAUCUCUACCACCCAUGUCCCAAGAAGACUGGGAAGCCGAGUUCGCAAAGUACCGCUCCAGCCCUGAAUUCAAAAUGCUGAACUCACGCAUGACGCUGGAGGAAUUCAAGUCGAUUUACUGGAUGGAAUGGAUCCAUCGACUAUGGGGACGCUUCAUUGGACUCAGCUUCGUCGUGCCGGCCGUCUACUUUGUUGCCCGAAAACAAGUCUCUCGAUCCAUGGCCUGGCGGCUUUUGGGGAUUGCCGGACUGAUUGGGUUUCAGGGGUUCAUCGGCUGGUGGAUGGUGAAAUCCGGGUUGAAGGACGACUUGUUCGCUCCGGGCUCGCACCCACGCGUCUCGCAGUACAGAUUGACAGCACACUUGGGCACCGCAUUCAUAUGUUACCUCGCCAUGCUCUGGAGCGGUCUUGACAUUCUACGCACGAACAAACUACUCAAGGCGCCAAGGGAGGUCGCCGAGGCUUCUUUGAAUGCUCUGCGCAAUCCGGCUCUGAAACCGUUCAAGCGGUCUGUCGCCCUGCUUGCCGGUCUGGUCUUCAUCACCGCCAUGUCAGGUGGCCUUGUGGCAGGCCUGGACGCUGGACUGAUCUACAAUGAGUUCCCAUUCAUGGGUCUGGGCCUGACACCGCCGAAAUCCGAGCUCUUCGAUCCCUUCUACAGCCAUACCGAGGACCGGUCCGAUCUCUGGUGGCGUAAUAUGCUGGAGAACCCUAGUCUCGUGCAGCUCGACCACCGGAUCCUCGCGACCACCACUUUUACGGCCGUCAUGGCUCUCUGGGCGUACUCGCGCACGGGCGCCAUGAAGAAAAUCUUGCCUGCUGCGGCCAAAAAGGGCGUCCAUGGCGUCGUCGGGUUUGUCUGUCUGCAGGUCAUCCUCGGCAUUACCACUCUGUUGUAUCUUGUCCCCACUCACCUCGCGAGCGCACAUCAAGCUGGUUCUCUGUUCCUCUUGACUUGGACCGUCGUCCUCGGCAGUCGCGUUUGGUUCCCGACGCAGGCCGCGCGCAUUCUCGCCCAAAGGAUGCAGCAGAGCGUUGGAUCUGUUGGUACCGCUGGUGCAAGAAAUCUGUCCUCCUCUGCCGCCGGUGCGCAUGGUAAGAGUGGUGCAAGUACUGUCCUUGCCGCAAGUAUGAUGCCUGCCGUCACGGCUGUCGGACUGCUGCUUAGCACGAACGCCGAAAAUGGACUGAGGUCGCAAUUGCGGUCUAAUGCGCGUGCACAACAUGCAGAUGCACACUCUCUCGAAGCAAAGGCGCAGUCGGAAGAGUCAUGAAGCCAGAAAAGCAUGAGCGGAAACAACAGAGUUUACGGAGAAUGAUAGGAAGGGGAAACGGAAAGGGAAAGGAAGAGGCCAAAUUCCCCGCCGUUUUUGUUCCUUACUACUUUCCGCCCACUUCACGAUGCCGCUCCGUCGAAGUCCUAUAAUACCGCAUUGAAACGACUUCUUCUCUGCUUUCCCACCUCACCUUUGCAAUAUCGGUACCGCGAACAUUCAAAUAUGAUAUGCAUAUACACACUUACUAGAAAAAAGUGAAACUUGGCAUCUGGGAUAAAAGAGAAGAUGGGCAGGGUCAGGGUUAUCGAUGUAAGGUCAUGUUGACACGAGAUGCAUCAAGAAUGAAUACUAGAGAGAAAACCCCCUGGGUGUACAACAUUUCGGAGGGGAUUGGCUGGUUGGUUUUUGGAUCUGGAUCUACGCCUUGCGUGGUGUAUCAAUAAAGACGAAAGAAAGUGUUGUGUGUUUUUCGACGCAAGGACCGCUGAUGACGGCUCAUCUCACACUCGAUGUAGUACAACUUAUUCAUCUCAUCUCGUUCAUUGCAUAUAUACUAUACUGUACAUACCUAGGAUAUGGGAUGUUCACAAUACUAAUAAAGGAGUUGUUCCUGAAACUCAUAGAGAAGGCAUGUCUACUGUCAGUCCAUAAUUAGUGCUUGCUUGCU